GUGCUAAUGACGACGGCCGACAAGGUCGAGCACCUCAGAACGCGGCGUCGCCUCAAGCAGCAGCGGCGCCGCGCCCGAGAUCUCGACGAGCAAAAAGACCUUGAGAACCAGCUCUACAUCUUGGAGCAUUUUCUUGCAAACUACAAGCUCCAUGCUGGCACGGCCUUGCUGUGGCAGCAAGUAGCGUCGGCUCUAGCCGACACUGUCGACGACGCGACGAGCAUCAACAUGAGGCUCCGACAACAAGUCGACCGACUCGUUCUGCUGGUGCACGGCUUGGCCUCCUGGGAAGCAAGCGAGCCGUUCACAUGGCAGCAAGUCUGGCUACCGAUCGAUCCGACCGCGCGGCGCACGGGCUUGGACUGGUUCACCCAGCGCCUCUUUCACAAUACGGACCGGAUGCUAGCGCGGACGUUCUUUCCAUCGUCGUCCUUGCCCGUGAUGGACCACGUCGAGAUUGAUCACGGCAACGACUUGCUCGAUAUCGCCGUGCGCCUGCAGAUCGACAUUGCGCUGCCGCUGGACGAAACGCAUGCGUGCGUUCGCCCAAAUAUCUGGGCCUCGUGGAAGGCGCCGUGGAGCCAUAUCCCCGUCACGGUUCUUGACCCAGCGUUGGUUGCAAGCAUCGACCCCAACAUGCACUUCCAGCGCGUCGACGCCCCGGAAGAAGUCAGCUACUUUGUCAUGCGCGAGUUUGUUACCCCCGACCGCAUCGUCUUUGUUGGUGGCAACGUCUGCCAAACGGACGACGAUCCAACCGCGUGGCGUCCGCGCCUCUUGUGGUUUACGCUGGACCGCGUCGGCCUUGACAAAACACGCCUCCGUGUCCUUGGCUAUAACGGCCCGUACGUCAAGGCGCAGUCGCGCAAGACGUGGCGCGAUGCACUCUUGAGCUUUGGCCCGCACGCGGACGCGAUCCCGGAAGCGGCCAAGUGGGCCGCCUUCCAGCAAUUUCUCGACUAUGGAGCUGCUCUUACGCUCGAUCACGAGAGACGCGCCAUGGGCCUGCAUUUGCUCCCAACCGUGUAAUGCAAAUAGAGUGUGCAUGGAGUCGUUGC